CACUGUUCUAACGAUGGUGUAGUGGGUCAUAGCAAUGGCGAGGUCUACCGAUACAGAGAUGAACACCCUGACACAACUGAAAGGUUCAAAAAUCAACGUUCUUGUAGAAGAGGCCCUGAUUGAUCUAUUGGUUGUAACCUAUCACUUCGAAACCAGAGAAUUUCAGGGAUUAUUACUUGAAGUCUCCAAGAAGAACGGCCCGCCAGGUAUUUCUUCCCUUAAGUUUCAAGAGAUGUUGGACUCAACAACCCGUACCAACGAAAAAUCCGAAGAAGCAUUCUACUCAUUAAAACAAAGACACACUUAUUUUGACCCAGGUGGAAAGAAGGACGCCGUAAAUUUUUCAACGACCCAGGAUUCUUUUCCGUCGCGGCGGCGGCCUCAGGGAAGGAAUAGCCGGGAGCGACAACAGCAUGUCCGCAUGAGACGACUUCGGCCAAGACCGGUUUUGUGUUCUCGUUGUUUUUCUAUGUGCAAUGAAAAUGCGGAUAAGGCUAAAGAGCUUCAAAGUUUUAAAACAGAUGAAUCAGAAUCUGUCAAGGCGAGAAUAGAAACAAGCAUAUUACCUAGUCCUACUACACAUAAAUGUAAUAAUAAAAAAGCAUCUGCCCUUCACACUGACCUUAGCCGUCCUUACGGGCUACCCCAAAACCCCAUGGGGUAUAGUGUUGGUAGAGGACGAUUGUCAACGCGCACGGGUCGAUAUCGUGCUGAAUCACAAUAUUCUAAGUCAGGUAGGCCUACAAACAAAGAAAACUUGUUGAAAUUCCUCACUGGUUCUAAGAAUGGUGAACCUCCAGAAGUUCAAAAUGCCCCCGAAUGUAAAUCGGUGCCCCCAAAAAGACGUUCUUCUCAAGACGUAACCCAAUUUAGGUGCACAGAAUUACGUAAAAGGAGAUCCACUGAGGAUUUUCUAGAGGUGGUAAAAGCGGAAACAAAUGGUACAUCUAAAACCACCCAGCAGGUAGAUCAAGUUAGGCCUAAGUCAGCAGAUGCUCAAGAUAAUAUUAGCAAUUCUUUUUUCAAUCAAAACAAGGGCGGGAUCUCUAAAAAUUAUAUGACAACAUUAACCGCUCCAAGGACAAGUCCUGUUAUUAAAAUAUCAUUUGCUAACCCACAAGGGCAAGAUACAGUGGUAAAAAUUCCGGCGAGGCUAUCCUCAGAGUCGAUACCAGUUCGUACCGAUGACCCAGAUGACCAGUGUUCACAAGAAAUCCACAAAAAGGAUAAUCCUGUCUGUAUCAGUUAUCAAGAGGUUUCGUCACGUGACGACAAGGCCGCUAGGAGAGCGCAGAAAAGAGCGAGAAAAGAACAAUUUCCUAAAUCUACCUCGGUUCUCGAAAACAGUGGGUCUAACCAUGAAUCGCUCCAAGGUAGACAUCACCAUAAACAUAAGACGAAGAAGAAACGAAGAGACAAACAUUGGACUUCUAUAAAUGGGAGUGAUUCAACACACGGGUCUCUUCCAACAGAAUUAUACUCGUACAAAGGCAACGUCGACUUUGGAGACGAAUAUAAGUACCAUAUCGUUCCAGAAACUGAAUGUUCAGAAGAACAAGGUUACAGUAAAAAUCAGACUUUAAAACAGAAGUUAUCUAUAAGUCUUCGUCGUCUUAACGCAGGGGCAUAUACCCAGUGCACCCCAGGCAGACCCCUUGAUCUCAGUUUCCGAGAGGACACUAUUGCUGAAGAAGGAGAAUCGUGAUAGGGUUCUAGCAAAGAAAACGGGAGACAAACCUGAGAUACAGAUACAAAUAAGUGCUUAUAAGGUAACAUAACGUACGCUCGAGACUAGCAAACGGGUUAAUUAAGACGUAUGAAAUUGCUUUUAAGUAAAAUGCAUGGAUUUCCCUGGUGACUGAGAGGGACACUAGAGCUAACGGUUGUCCAAAAUGAUAGCGGUGUAACGAGCCUACGUUUAUUUAUGACUUGGUUUUCCAUCCUUUCUGUAAAUAUUCUGUAAUCAACUUGUCUCGUUUCUUAAUGAGUUCAGGCUGCAAUACAAGAACAAAAAAACAAGGGCCUUGCAAAGAAUUAAACUUUUCUUAACACCGAAGGAAGUUCCAGUGCAAUACCUCAUAAAUUAGAUCUUAAUCAUAAAUUAGAAUCUCUGAUUCGUAACAGUAACCUUUAAAAGGUUUAUGUAUAUAUAUAUAUAUAAUGUUUUACAUAUCAUUGUAAAAAAUUCGUUCUAAGAUCAUGAAGUUUUAAUAAACAGACUUUCAA